GUCUGGAGGUCAGAAAUGCUUCACAGGGAGCCUUCUCCAGGAGAGGACAAAUUACCUGGCUGCAGGCUCUCUGAGACGGGGUGGAGGGUGCACGGAUCUUGCUGGGGACACGGCGGCUUGCUCUGGGGCCCCGGACAAGACAGAGGAGAGGUGAAGGAGUCGUCGAGGGGGGCCCAACCCCCCAGGAGCACCUCAUUGGCAGUGCUCAAACCGAUGGAGCUGGAGAAGAUAUCCGAAGGUUUGAAAAAGCCCUGGAAGAAACUGAUGAGUGGUCCUCGGGAGACUGAUGAUGAACGGGCCAAGGUGAGACCCGACGUAGCCUCAGAAGAGGGAAUGCCCCACGCCCUGGACCGAGAGACACAAGACACAGAAGCCCACGGAAUUCAGAGAAACUCCAUCUUCAAUCGCUCCAUGAGACGCAGAAGCAAAGGCAAAGCCAGAGACGCUCCUGAACAGAACACCCGCCACCUGGCAGGUUCACCAGAAAACGCACAGUCUGAGGAUAAGCCCCUGACCGUGAAUGUCCCCUCGGGCAGAAUGCCUCGGUGGAGAACCCCAGUACAGCCAGACCCAGGAGCCAAGAGAACAAGCGAGUCGUCCUCCACGCCGGGAAAUGGGGCCACGCCCGAGGAGUGCCCGGCGCUCGCCGACAGCCCGACCACGCUCACCGAGGCCCUGCAGAUGAUCCACCCCAUUCCCGCAGACUCGUGGAGAAACCUCAUCGAACAGAUAGGGCUCCUGUAUCAGGAAUACCGAGACAAAUCAACACUCCAGGAAAUUGAAACCAGGAGACAACAGGAUGCAGAGAUACAAACCAAUGCCCAUGUUUCCCCGGCCAGCGAGGAGACUCCAGGAGAGGAUGAGGACGAGGAGGAGGAGGAUGAGCCGGCAAGCCCACCCGAGAGGAAGGCUCUGCCCCAGAUCUGCCUGCUCAGUAACCCCCACUCGCGAUUUAACCUCUGGCAGGAUCUUCCAGAGAUUCAGAGCAGCGGGGUGCUGGAAAUCCUCCAGCCCGAGGAGAUCAAACUGCAGGAGGCCAUGUUCGAGCUGGUCACUUCCGAGGCCUCGUACUACAAAAGCCUGAGCCUGCUCGUGUCUCACUUCAUGGAGAAUGAGCGUCUGAAGAAGACCCUGCACCCAUCUGAGGCGCACAUCCUCUUCUCCAACGUCCUGGACGUCAUGGCCGUCAGUGAGCGGUUUCUCCUGGAGUUAGAGCGCCGGAUGGAGGAGAACAUCGUCAUCUCGGACGUGUGCGACAUCGUGUACCAUUACGCGGCCAACCACUUCUCAGUCUACAUCACCUACGUCAGCAACCAGACCUACCAGGAGAGGACCUACAAGCAGCUGCUCCAGGAGAAGGCGGCCUUUCGGGAGCUGAUUGCGCAGCUGGAGCUGGACCCCAAGUGCAGGGGGCUGCCCUUGUCCUCCUUCCUCAUCCUGCCUUUCCAGAGGAUCACGCGCCUCAAGCUGUUGGUGCAGAACAUUCUGAAGAGAGUGGAAGAGAGAUCUGAGCGUGAGUGCACUGCCUUGGACGCCCACAAAGAACUGGAGAUGGUGGUAAAAGCAUGCAACGAGGGUGUCAGGAAAAUGAGCCGCACGGAGCAGAUGAUCAGCAUUCAGAAGAAGAUGGAGUUUAAGAUCAAGUCAGUGCCCAUCAUCUCCCACUCCCGCUGGCUGCUGAAGCAGGGCGCGCUGCGGCAGAUGGCGGGCCCCAAGACAUCCCGAACCCUGCGGACCAAGAAACUCUUCCGGGAAAUUUACCUCUUCCUCUUCAACGACCUGCUGGUGAUCUGCCGGCAGAUUCCUGGAGACAAGUACCAAGUGUUUGACUCGGCCCCGAGAGGCCUCCUCCGCGUGGAGGAGCUGGAGGACCAGGGCCAGACGCUGGCCAACGUGUUCAUCCUGCGGCUGCUGGAGAAUGCGGACGACCGGGAGGCCACCUACAUGCUGAAGGCGACCUCGCAGAGUGAGAUGAAGCGUUGGAUGACCUCGCUGGCCCCCAACCGGAGAACCAAGUUUGUUUCCUUCACUUCUCGGCUGCUGGACUGCCCUCAGGUCCAGUGUGUGCACCCGUAUGUGGCCCAGCAGCCAGACGAGCUGACCCUGGAGUUGGCCGACAUCCUGAACAUCCUGGAAAAGACGGAAGACGGGUGGAUCUUUGGCGAGCGUCUGCAUGACCAGGAGAGAGGCUGGUUCCCCAGCUCCAUGACUGAGGAGAUCCUGAAUCCCAAGAUCCGGUCCCAGAACCUCAAAGAAUGUUUCCGUGUCCACAAGAUGGACGACCCUCAGCGCAGCCAGAAUAAGGACCGCAGGAAGCUGGGCAGUCGAAAUCGGCAAUGACCCCCGGCCCCGGUCGCCAGCCUGGGGGAAGGACGUGGGUGGUCUGGAGCAGCGCUCGCGGGGCAGGCAGCCCCCGACAGAUGGUGGAGGGCUCUGGGGGACGGCAAGCGCCUCGCGCGGGAGUCACCCCGCCCCUCCCCCUGCCACGUGCGUCUCGGCCCCCUUGCUUGCAAACGGGAGAAGGGGUGCCUACGUCCUUCCUCUGCUGCAUUUGUAAACGAGAAAGUGUAUUUUCAACAGUAUUAUGCCACCUGUCCCUCUUGUCUCUCAGAGGGGGUGGAGGUGCGUCGGCGCCUCCCCAGGCGCUGGAGGAAGCCCCAGACCGGGGGUGUCCCUGGCCGAGGGCAGGGUGGAAGGACUGUCGUGACCGCCCGCACAUGUCCUUCUCUCCCCUGGAAGCCAUCGGAAUCCUCCGUGCGUGCGUGCAGAUGGCCCGCCCUUUGCCUGAGCUUGCUGAGCAGCCCUUGGUCUCCAGUUCAAAGGACCAAGAGACCAAAUGCCUCUGUCCUCCCCUCCCCAAGCCUCCGCCAGCCUCUGGCUGCACGGCCAGGCCCUGCUUCACAGCAGGCCUACCAGAGCUUGGCCGAGGGCCCACGCCACCUCUGGCUCCCUGACAAGCUGGAUGUAACUUGUGUCUUCUGGCCCCUUCAGGAGCCCAGGUGUUGUAAGGAAUGAAUUGGUCACUGCAUCCUGUAUCGGUUUUGGUUCCGAGAAAAGCAAAUAUCAUUUUUGGCUGCAUUAAAAGAAGCAUCAUGUAUAAAAUAAAGGAGGUGAAGGUCUA